UUACGCUGUGCAGGUUGUACUAGUUGUAUAGGCCUUGUCCAGGGGGCGGCUGGUAGGCCAAACUGGAGUGAAGUUGUGGCGGUGCGCUGCCUUGCCGCUUGGGAUGACAUGGCCGCCCCCAGCUCGUGCCAACUCUCUAGUACUGGAACUAGUACACGUCUACACCUUUUAUUAUUGGGGGAUUUUGGGAUUGAAGUUGUGCUUUAUCAGCCACGCUCAUGUUUCCUCUUCACCAUGUGGAAGCUUGUUUCCCCUCUAGCCCAUCUCAACAGUGGAUUUAUUUAGGUACCAGUGAAAGGUCCGUGGUUGAUUUCGUACGCCGGAAUGCCGGAUUCAUGUGAGCUUUCUUUUCCACCUCAAGGAACGGGUGAAGAGAACUUUGGUACAAAAGAAAAGGAUCGAGAGCAAAAGCGGAGUGACGCGUAGGGGAGAGAGAGAGGAGAGGGAGACGACAAGAACUCCACUCCCACCCACCCACGCCGCACCACACCUCUCGUUUUCAUUGCCCUGCCGGAACAAAGAAAAAGGCGAAGCGACCUCGCUAUCGUCCCUCACCAACUCCCCUGCUCCACAGGCCACUCGGAUCCCAAUCCGAUUCCGACUCGUCGUCGUCGGCGACGACCCCGCGACCGAACACUCCCGCGGGCGAGCGAGCCAGCCAGCGGCUUGGACUUGGGGGCGAUAGAGGGGGGCCAGAAGGAUGGACUCCGAGAAGCGCGGCUACAAGCUCCAGGAGUUUGUAGCACACGAUGCUGAAGUCAGGUCCCUGGCCAUUGGCAAGAAGUCGAGUCGGGUGUUUAUCACUGGCGGCAAUGAUCGCAAGGUCAACCUGUGGGCUAUUGGAAAGCAAACACCGCUUCUGAGCUUGUCAGGCCACACAAGCUCCGUGGAAGCAGUGCAGUUUGAUUCAGCAGAGGUGCUUGUGCUUGCUGGCUCAUCAAAUGGUUCCAUCAAGCUCUGGGACUUGGAGGAAGCUAAAGUUGUGCGAUCUCUGACUGGGCAUAGAUCAAGUUGUACUGCUAUUGAAUUCCAUCCAUUCGGCGAGUUUUUUGCAUCUGGUUCGUCAGAUACAGAUCUUAAGAUAUGGGAUAUAAAGAAAAAAGGAUGCAUUCACACAUAUAAGGGUCACAGAGGAGCAAUUAGAAAAAUCAGGUUUACCCCUGAUGGACGAUGGGUUGUCACCGGAGGGGAAGAUAACAUUGUGAAGGUGUGGGAUCUGACAGCUGGAAAGCUUCUACAUGAGUUCAAGUUUCACAGCGGACAAAUCCACUGCAUUGAUUUUCAUCCUCAUGAAUUUUUGCUUGCAACAGGCUCAGCUGAUCGGACGGUGAAAUUUUGGGAUCUUGAAACUUUUGAAAUGAUAGGGUCUGCUGGACCUGAGGGUACCGGUGUACGUUCUAUGGUCUUUCACCCAGAUGGUAAAACACUUUUCUGUGGAAUAGACCAAAGCUUAAAGGUAUUCUCUUGGGAACCAGUAAGAUGCCAUGACAUAGUUGACAUGGGGUGGAGCAAUUUGGCUGACCUUAGUAUUUAUGAAGGGAAACUCUUGGGAUGUUCCUACCAUGAACGCCGUGUUGGUCUAUGGGUUGCUGAUAUAUCACUCAUUGGACCAUAUGCUCUUGGUGUUGUGCCCAAAGCGAUUAGUUUUGCUGAGCUUGUGCAUUCUAUGGACGAUAAUCCUGCAAAAUCAAUUGAUAGCACUGCAAAUUCCAGUCCUGUGUUAGCAAUGACGCAUCCAAAAACUUCAUACAAAGUCAAGGAGUCAGGAAUUGCUGAAAGCAGAGUUCGUGGCUCACAUUUGACUCCAGCAAGUACAGAUAAGAUCAAGAAAGAUAGGAGCAGUACCAUUCCACGAAGACCUGAUUCAUCUCUCAAAUCAUCUAUUCAGAGUGCUACUCCAAUGAGGCGUAUGAAACUUGUCGGUAGUCCUUCCACCAAUCCAAAAACAGUGGAACACAAUUUUGGACAGAGGGAUAUCUCACUAACAUCUCGUACAGGAAUAGCUAAUAAUACUUCAACUGCUAAGAAAGGCCAUUUUACAGAGUCAGCAUUAGUGAAAGAUAUUUACACCACGUCGCUGGCUGUUUCUGCACCUGUUGUUGUACCCAGAGACAUUUUAGAGGACAAAACAGUAGACAGUGCUUGUAGAGGAACUGAAGGCACAGCUACACUCCCAGAUGAUUUUCGAGAUUCUGUUCGCACAAGAAAAUUCUCACCUAGUGGUGCUGGUGCUGCUGAUAGUGAUAGCCCAGCAAGAUCAACUGAACCUGAUGUUUGCUCAGAGGGUUUGUCUGGCUUAAAAUUCUCCUUUGGACUAACUCCAUAUUACAAGAAAGAAGAAUAUGGCGAUGCGGAUAAAGAACAUAUUGCACAAAUAGCAGAAAAGAUGGACAAAACAGUGUUGCUGGAGCAUGCUCUGCAGUCAAAUGAUGAUAAGUCCUUUGAAUCACCAUGCUCAACGACAGAAACAGCCAGGGUCAAAUAUGUCAGAGGAGUUGCUGUGCCACUGGGAAAAACAAAGUCUCUUGUUGAGAGGUGGGAAAAGAGAGAGACUUCUAGCAUUGAUUACUCACCACAAACUGGUUCUUGUGGCGACCGGGCACUGAGAAAUGACAGCCCUCCAUCCCAUUUGGCAGAACCAAGUCAGGCAUAUGAAAAGGACUUGUCAACAGUGAAUGAGGUGAUGACUCCUAUCAAUUUAACGGGGAACCAUGAUGAAUUCAUAAAUGCUGUAAAACUUCGGCUGACAAAACUAGAGAUGAUGCGGCAUGCCUUUGAGCAAAGUGGUAUCAAAGGAGCAAUUGCUGCAAUGACAAAGAUGCCUGACAAUGCUGUGCAAGCUGAUGUUGUUAGCGCUCUCAAAGGGAAGCUUGAUCUUUUCAACCUGGAGAUUUUCUCAAGCUUUAUGCCUGUUCUUGCAGGGUUACUGAGCAGCAAGACUGAAAGGCAUGCUACGGUUUCUUUGGAAAUGCUGUUGGACCUUAUAAAGAUUUUUGGACCAGUUAUUCAUUCAACAUUAUCAGCAAAUUCAGGUGUUGGAGUUGAUAUUCAGGCUGAACAGAGGUUGCAGCGUUGCACACGGUGUUUUAACCAUUUACAGAAGAUUCAACAAGUUCUACAUCCAUUGACUAUGCGGGGUGGCCAAGCAGCGCGACUUGCUCAAGAACUAAGUCUUUCUUUGCAAGACUUGGUGGUAAUCUAAAACAAGUCAGAAGUUCAUCCAUACGACAGAGUAGUUACCAUUCUUUGGCCAAAAGUGCCGCACAGUUGUGUAGCUUGUAAUUUUGUCAUAGCUUUGCAAGGGGGCCUUGCAAUUGUGUUUUGACUUGGGUUGGCAUUCGGCAUUGUUUCAUGUUGUAUAUGUGAGCGUGGCUGUGCAUCAGUCUGUAAUUAGCCACAUUAACUGUCUGGACAGCCCUGAAAAGCGAUGAACGGAAAGGAAACAAUUUACAAAAGGAUCUUUCAGUAUCA